AUGCGUACCAUCAUCAUAAUUGUUUUUUCUUGCGUCCAGCGUAACGGUAAAACUUCGGCAUGCAAUGUUGUUAAAAUAAAUGAUGCUAAUGGACCACGGCCGGAACGACUGAUUUCCCGUAUCAAGCUGAACUCCGUCGAUGAUAGCGGACCUCGCUUAACUGUCAUUCGUGCACCGAAAGGUCCGGAUGGUACGAAAGGCUUCCUUCCAUCUGCCAGAGCUCCUCGUUUAGUCGGUAAAAGUGAGUCAAAUGAAUAGUAAAA